GCCCCACUGCGCGCCGCGCUGCCCCGCCUAUCUGCGAGUCACGUGAGGCGCCAACAUGGCGGCGCCCAAGCGGGAUUCCAGGUCUGACCUUAGGGAUGGUGGGGGUGCGGUGCCGCUGGAUGGAGAAGCGCCCCAGGGCAUCAAGACGACAUUAUUUACACAUGGCCAGCUAAUUCCUUCUCUAGGAGAUGCAAAACUCAGAAGACCAAUGGUCAUGGAAGUCAUAGAAAAAAAGUUUGAGUAUCUUAGAAAAGAAAAAACUUUAAAUAUACAUGGGACUUUAUUUCUUGGAGCAACAACUAGUUUCUGUGGAACAAUGGCAAAUUCCAUUUUCAGAAAAGGACUCAAGGUUAAAUAUGAUGCUUUGAAGACAUAUGCAUCACUGGCUACACUUCCAUUUUUGUCUACCAUAGUUACUUACAAGCUCUUUGUAACUGAUGCUUUGUGUUCAGGUAAUCUAAGCAAGGAAAGCUGUGCUCUGAGAAGUUCACUGGUUAGCAUGAUUUGUGGUAUUUUAUAUCCCAGUGCUUUGGCUUUUUCUAAAAAUGGGCGUCUGGCAGUCAAGUAUAAUACCGUCCCACUGCCACCAAGAGGAAGAGUUAUACUCCACUGGUUGUUGCUUUGUCAAACUGAGAUGAAAGCAAUCGGAAUUGCUCUGAUCUUUCAGACAACAUUUGGGGUAAUUAAUGGUGUGCAACAUUAUGAAAUAUAUCAAGGAACACUUAAGAAAAGGGUAUAUGAAGAUUAACAAAAAAUGAGUGAGGUCUAACUCAGCAGAAUGGACUUUUCUAUAAUGAUGAUUCAGGCAUUAGUGAAAGGGUGCUCCUUUUCCCUGGUGGGUAGUAGAUAUUCAAUAAAUGUAUAUAUAAAGAAAA